GGCCGAUUCUCCGCGAGGUCCGGACUCAAGUCGAGCCAGUUCUUAGUGGGCCUCGUCGUGGCUAGGUCACUCUUACUCUCGGUUUUCCCAGGUUUCGCUGCACUCUCGCUUCGUCAGUCUCUCCGAGCGACGCGGAAGAUUAACACAUUUACGAGCUCUGACAUGUCAUAUCAAAAUCAAGGCGUAUAUCUUUCGAGAACAUUCCGAGGUUCGUGAGGAACAAAGAAAAGAAGCGUGUACAACAAUCAUAAACACAAGUAGCUUUAUCAAGGAUCAGCGAUCAUUAGUUGCGUCAAAAAUUCAUCCAUAAUUGUAAUUAGUUUGAUCAUCCUGCGCUCUGAUCAAAUGAACAAAAAUAUGAUUGAAAAGUAGACUAAAAUAUAUACUUAAAAGAAAAGAAUAAAAAAAGUACAGCAUAGAUUAGGCCGCUGUGAAAUAAGCAGUUGCAAAAUAGACUAUACAAGGGGAAAUCACUCAGCCAACCAUUCAAAUCAUUCAAAAGCAAAUUACUCGAGAACAUAUCUCCAACAAAUUUCCAUAAAAGAUACUUUCUGAGAAGAUAUGCUUGGAAUUAGUGAAACAAGUGGUAUAUUUGAGUGUGUGCACACGAAGAAGGGUACAACUAUAUGUGGAUAAACACGGAUAUGAAUGAGGUGAACGAGGAAAAACGAUGCGGCUGAUGUGAGCAAAGAAGGAAAAGAAGUAUUACCCAGAGGUACUCGAUAGGUGAUCCUAUUACGCGAUCUCGUUAUUCAGCGAUACUUCAUUCGAGGAAGCAACAUUCAACGUCAACGGUUGUAUUGCAAAGAUGGCAACUGCGAACUCAUCGAAUACUCUGAUGGAGCUGAAAACCCGGCGACAACAGUUCCAGACGCAGACGUCCACCUUGGACACGCGAAGGAGACAAGCGGUCUGCGUGAGACGGGCCUUCAAAAAAUACGGCUCCAAGAACAAUCCAAAUGUCAUUCUGGAUGGCUUGAACAUGACUGUGCCUAAAGGCACGAUUUAUGGACUGCUCGGUGCGAGCGGUUGCGGUAAGACUACCUUGUUGUCAUGCAUCGUCGGCCGCAGGCGAUUAAAUUUAGGCGAAAUCUGGGUCCUGGGUGGCCGACCAGGGUCCAAGGGAUCCGGGGUGCCUGGGCCCCGGGUUGGCUACAUGCCGCAGGAGAUCGCCCUGUACGGCGAGUUCUCCAUUAGGGAGACAUUUAUCUACUUCGGCUGGAUCGCCGGCAUGACGACGGAUCAAGUGGACGAGAAACUGGAGUUUCUCAUCAAGUUUUUGCAACUACCUUCAGAAAAUCGUUUCGUCAAGAACUUGUCGGGUGGCCAGCAAAGGCGAGUGUCUUUUGCCACCGCUCUCUUAGCUGACCCCGAGCUCCUGAUUUUAGACGAACCAACUGUCGGUGUAGAUCCCGUUCUACGGCAGAGCAUCUGGGAUCACUUGGUGCAAAUAACGAAGGGUGGCAACAAGACCAUCAUCAUCACCACUCACUAUAUCGAAGAGACGAGGCAAGCUGGUAUAAUCGGUCUCAUGAGAGGCGGAAAAUUCCUCGCGGAAGAAUCGCCGACGAAGCUGAUGGAGAUGCACCGACUCGACACUUUGGAGGAUGUUUUUCUGAAGCUAAGUAAGAAGCAAAAUAUGGGCUUACGUCGAAGGAGCAGCAUCCUGAGUAGCAUAACAGGCGUUCCACCAGAAAAUGACGUAGACGACGAAAUGAGCGGUGAAUUCGGCGACAACGUGAGCAUUUCUAGUCGAAGAAGAAGUGUGGUCAUUGUGGACGAUGGCAAUCUGCCGUCGGAAUUACCGCCGGAAGAAAAAGGUUCCUCCAAGUCCACUAUGCUCAACCCAAUGCACAUGAAGGCUCUCAUCUGGAAGAAUUUUCUGUGGAUGUGGCGGAAUGUCGGAAUGAUGGCGUUUAUCGUCGGUCUACCGGCAGUUCAAAUCAUUCUCUUCUGUUUUUCCAUCGGCAAGGAUCCUGUGGGUCUUCAACUGGCCAUCGUCAAUCAUGAAUUAAACAGCACCGUUAUGGAACCAUGUAUACCUACGACCGGCUGCGAUUUGUCGCUACUAAGUUGCCGAUAUCUUCAAUACCUGACUAAGAGAACUUUAGUGUUGUUACCUUAUGACAACGAUGAAGAAAGCAGAAGCGCCGUGGAGAAAGGCUUAGUGUGGGCUGCUAUAACGUUCCCGUCAAAUUAUUCCAGUGCUCUCAUGGCCAGGAUAGAGGAUGGAAGAUAUGCAGCAGAAUGGGAUAUAGAAUAUUCUCAGAUGGACGUUGUCAUGGACAUGUCUAACCAACAGAUAGGCCAAUUACUACGGAGGGACUUGAUUUACGCGUACCAGGAUUUCGCAAGAGACGUCUGUAUAGCUUGCAAUUACAGCGAGAAACUGACUAGCAUACCUGUAAAUCUCAAAAAGCCGAUAUAUGGACCCUUGAACCCCAACUUCAGGGAUUUUGCAGCUCCCGGAGUAAUUCUGACGAUCAUCUUCUUUAUUUCGGUUGCCUUGACGUCAGGUUCUUUGUUGCUGGAGAGAAACGAGGGUCUGUUGGAAAGAAGUCUCGUAUCAGGUGUUACUGGCACGGAGAUUCUUUUCGGCCAGGUGAUUACGCAAUUCGUGGCGAUGCUCGGACAGACAGUGAUGGUUCUCAUCUUCUGCUUCACGAUCUUCAGGGUCACCUGCGAGGGUGAUGUCGGCUGGAUCAGCACGUUGACCAUCCUUACAGGACUCUGCGGCAUGUGCUUCGGCUUUGUCAUCGCGUGUUUCUGCGAGAACGAGCGAUCCGCUACGUAUGUGGCGAUGGGAUCGUUUCUACCCAUUGUAAUGCUCUGCGGCAUUAUCUGGCCGAUCGAGGGCAUGCACCCCAUCCUCAAGUAUAUUAGCUUCCUGUUGCCGUUAACAAAGAGCACGGAAUCGAUGAGAGUGAUUCUGGCCAGAGGCUGGCCGAUUUCAAAUCCGACCGUUUAUUACGGUUUCAUCGCCACGUUCAUCUGGAUUAGCAUCUUCAUGACCUUGGCGAUACUGUUGCUCAAAUUCAAGAAGGGUUGAUUCGAAAGCAGCAAAAGGUGUGUGUGUAAUUUUGUGGAAAUAUAAAAGAGUCAACCAACCUCUUUAUGUGUAAAUCGUAAUACAUAUAUAUAUAUAUAUAUAUAUAUAUAUAUAUAUAUAUAUAUAUA